AUGGUAUUAUUGGUAUUGACAGAACGUAUCAGAACUGCAAUCUAUCAAGCUAUACAAUCGCCAGAAUUUGAUGAAUCAGCAAGACAACGUUUGAGAUCAUAUUUGAAAGCAAGUGCUUGCAUUCCAUUGGACCUUAUCAAGGAGGUUUCCAACUUCUUAGUGAGUCGUGAUGGAAAACUGGGCAGAGAAAUUGGUCUUUCUAGUUAUUGGUUACACGAAUUGCUUACUGGAAGUGGAAUUUAUGUACAGCCUCGUAAAGAAAAAGUCAAGAGUCCUGAAUUGGUUGCAAAAUUAGAAAAAAUAUUAGCAGAACAAGCCAAUAAAGAAUAUGCUCGUAUGGUUGGCAAAGUUGCCUCUUCUUAUGAUGUUGAGACUUUUAAAUUACUUGAUACCGAGGAGUUCCAAAGUAUUCGUGGUCAACUCACUGCCAUCAUCAACAUCACCUUUACCGUUGUUGCUGUAUUCGCAGCUGUUUAUCAUGUUGCUCAAACGAUUACUGGUGACACUGGAAUGCGUGUAUUACUUGCUUUAUCUGGCAGUGUUAUUGUGGGUAUCGCAGAAACAUUCUUAUACAUGAGAUACUUGACAGGCUAUGAUUCUCCAACCAAUAAUAAUAAAAAUAGCAGAAAAGAGAAAGACCGCAGUAAAAUACCUUCAUCAACAACUCGUAAACGAUCAUCAUCUACAUCCCAUUACAGAGCUGCUACUACUAACAAUACCACAACUACAGCAGCGACUACAACAUCAUCAUCUCGACUAGGAGUUGGAGUUAUUGAAGUAGGAGCAGGCUUAGCAGUUUUAAGAAAAGGUUUAAUGUAUGGACUUACCAUAACACAAAUGUUUAUAUUUACAGCGCAAACACAAAAGUUCUUAGAAGACAAUCAGAAAUAA